UGUUUGCAACUCGCCGUUUCGGGUCUGGUCGGGUCGGCGGCGAUUUGAAACCGCCGGGGUAAAAUGUUUUUUUGCCGAUUAGUGUAAAGGUGGCAGUGCGACGGAUAUCUUCCAGAAGGUGUAUAGGCAUACCGAGACCGCUACCAGCGGACCACUUGGUUUCGGCGCGGAGCCGUUACCGUGGGGGCGAUCAAGAAGCCCUUCCUCCGGAGCGCUCAACGACCCGUUAGGCCUACCAACCGGGCGUAGGGCGCAAGUGUUUUUUCGACACGGCGUGUCGGGGCACGGCUAAACGACGGAAUCUGGUGGUGGUGGCUGGGGCGUCUCGGAAACCAGGCAAGGGAGACACCUAACAUCAUGACUCCACGGAGGAAAACAAUGACAACCAGUCAAAGUCAAAUGGAAAAGGCAAAGAAGAGGGGAAAGCGAGACAAGGCGUCAGUGGAGUGCGAAGGCUGUGAAAAAUGGGUGGAUAUCAGCGAGACACCGUUCGAAUCAUGCACGGAGGCGGAGAACAGUACAUACAAAUGUAAGGAGUGCAAGGAAAAUGAGGUGAGAAGAAUCACCUUGGAGGAGGAGAUCGAACGGCAAGUUAAUGCCUUGAGAGAGGCAAUGAGAGUGAAGCUGGAGGAGGCAAAGACAGAGAGAGCGGCCAUAGAAAGUAGGAUGUUGGCGAAGCUCGAAGAAGAGAGAACCUUGAGAAUAGCGACGGAAGAGAAACUGAAUGCAAUAAUGCAGGAGGAAAGGAACAAGAGAGAAAAAUUAGGGGAGGUGUUUAAUGAAUGGAUGAAGUCAUGUGAACCAGAGCAAAUGACGGUCAACGGGGCUGAAAACGCGCCGCAACAGCUGGAACCGAGAAACGGGGUCAAAGAAAAGAUGACAUACCACACAGACGGGAAAGAGACAGUUAGCUUUUCCCAAGAACGGACGGGAAGUGGAGAUCUGGAUAAGGAGCAGGGGAGACAGACGACUGGAGGUCAAACAGAAAGAAGCCAGCACAGGAACUACAAGGAGGCCCUCAUGAGGCAGAGAGCAGACCCAGAUGACGGGACAAAGAAACAGGACAAAGAGAAGAAGGUGGACAAGAGAGUCUUAGUGGUAGGGGACACCAAUGCCUUCAAGAUAAAGAGAGCCACACUGAAGGUGGUAGAUUACGACAAGAAAGUUCACUUUGCAACUAAGCCGGGAGCACAACUGAGAGAGUCACUCGAGAGAGCAGAGAGGGAUGGGAAAAUAUGGGAUGCAGAGGCAGGAGUGGUGGUCAUACAUGCGGGAGUGACAGACGUGCAAGGCGAAGAAUCGGUGGAAGAAAUGGCAGCGGAGCUAGGGAAACGGCUUGAGGACUGGACCACGAGAGCCCCGAAACAUUCUUUUAUGGUGUAUGAAGUCCCAGAAAUCAAAGACAGGGGGGACCCACUCAAAGAGAGGUGCGCCAAGUGGAACAGGCUAUCAAGAGAGAUCAGCCAGCAGCUGGGACCGAGGGUGGAGGUGGUAAAGAACACAGGAACGGGAAACGACAUGGAAGAUGGCUGCUACAACAGAGAUGCGGCAAUUGAAGAGGGACAAGCACUGGGUAACAGACUAAAGAGUUUUUUAGGACUGAAAUGCAAGGGGAAAAGCGUGACACCGAUGAAAAGGCGACAGGAAAGAAUGGAAGGCAGGCUGACUCUGGACCAGAGACUACAGCGACUCGAGGAACAACUCCAGAGGAUGUGUCCCCCACAGGGACAUGCCCACUAAGAAGAGAAAGUAGGAGGGAUGGUGCCUGCAAAAACACGAGAGGCGGAAAACACAGAAAGGCACCUGACCGGGAAAGAAGGAAAAACAGACGAGCAAAAAAGAAAAAGAGGGAAGUGAAGAUUGCCUUUUUAAACCUACAGGGAGGAAGGAAAGCAGGAAAAUGGGAAGAGGCCUUUCAGAUGUUACAAGAGGAUAAGAUUGGAAUGUUCGCAGUCACAGAAACCCACCUCAGAGAUGAAGAAAGACCCCCGGAUUGCGAAGGGCUUUUUUGGGAUGGGGUAAACAGA